AUUCGCUUCAUGUCAACAUAUAUCUAGACCAAUGAUGAGACAAAUGGUUUGGUUUACAUUUUUCCUGAUUUGUCCAUGUUUUUCUAUAGACGAAGACUGUUCAACAUCGGACGAUUCAAAUGAAUGUUGUGCAGAUUUCUAUAUCAAAGAUGGGAAAUGUACUCCAUGUUUGAGUGGAUAUUACGGACCAAACUGCGUUCAUACGUGUCCCUAUCCAAGUUUUGGUCGGCGGUGUUUGGAAGGAAAAUGUCAAUGUCUAGAAGAAAAUUGUGACCCUAUAAGCGGAUGUCGAAGUGAGGUAUCCACCCGUAAAAACAAUUAUGAAUCUAUCUUUGAGAGAAAAACAUCAAAAGAAUAUGAAGGUAAUGUAAAUUCAUCUUCUAUAAUUGAAGAAAACCCUCAAAGCGACGAAAAAAUAAAAGACUCGAAGGAAAAUACGUCACCGCCUUCAUUGCCCGUUAUUGUAACUUCAGUCGUUGCUGCUGUUAUAAUAAUAGCACUCGUUGCAGUCAUACUAUUCCAAGUCAAAGGCAGAAUACAAGCACGAAUACAAACCCUUGACACAAAACGACGAUCUAAGGUAACGAGUCACCGUCGUAUCGAUACUUAUUGUGAUAUUGACGAAGACAAAAUGGAAGAUGUAAAAUGCAACAUGGACAAUGAACUUGAACCGUAUGAAUUGAUUGACCAGUCCAAGAAAGAUGCAACGAAGUAUACGGAGCUACCAACGAGGCCGGGAGUAUCAAAUCACGAGAGAAAUCUGCUGUCCACAAUUUCGAUGCAAAAGAUACUUGAUGAUGUUGGCGAUGAUAAAGAUGAUCUUAAGCAUGUUGAUGGUAGUGAAAGCAAAGUACAAAUGAGAAGAGAACAUGCACAUCAUGCUGUAUUACCAAAGAGAAUGGGAAAGACCUCCACAAAAAUAAGUGGAUACAUCGAUAUGCGUAAGAACACACCCGAAAGCUACGUGUCUAUGAACGCUGAACAACUCGAUACAGAAGCAAACUCUCAAAUUGCAGACGAUUCUAUGGAUAAUGAAUCUUAAUAAAGGUCACUGAAGACGCGGUACAAAUCAUUAUCAAAAGAUAUACAUAAACUAGCCAUUGUUGUAUGUUGUUACUGAAGUUAUAACAAGAAUUUUAAUGGCAAAAUAUUUACGAAGACGUCCAUUGAAUUUAUUUGCGUGUUAAUUAUCAUGAAGUAAGCCAAAGGCUGUACCAAGAUAUCUAUUCAGCACAUUUGAAUGAUCUUUGAUAAAAUACACAUACCUGUGGAAAAACUGCAAUUGAAAUAAAUAUAAAGGAAAGUAUCCCAGAUGAUUUUAUCACACAUUAUUUUUUUCAGUCGAAAAAAGUCAUAGGAACAAAAACUAAUUUCUUACGGAGAUUUAUAAUGGGCAAUGUUUACAUUCUUUCACCAUUCGGAAGUUACUCGUAAUACCUCGCAUAAUUUUCCAACGUUAUCAUACGGGCCAGUUGUAAUAAAAAAACCCUGUAGACAUCAUAUAUCUAGUCGUUUACUGAAAUCUAAUAAGGAGACGUUUCACAGAAAAAUUCUUAGAAAUUUCUUCAUACUUUUAAAUAAACAUCGUUUGAACCCAGAUGUAUCUACAAAAUAUAGAUUAAUUGAGCAAAAUGUGAAUCUAGGAUAUUUUGGUACAGAGUAUUAUAAUUCAGAUACAGUUGAGACCUUUAUUUUUAUCAAUUUUCAUAAGUAAACCCAGAUCUCGAAAUUAAACGUUGUUUAAGGAACUUCAUUGUCAACAUAUCAUUAUCUAUAUCUUUUUUUGAUAUUCAGAUUAAUUAUUUUUAGAUACUUCAAAACAUAAGAUUAUUUUCACUAUUGAUUAUCCGUCGUUUUUAUCGAAUUUUAACAUACUUUAACGUAUUAGUACAUGUAUAUGUCAAAACAUCAAGUCCAGUCUGCAGUGUUGUGUGAACAAUUUUUUUGACGACACAACACAUUCGGUUUUAUAAUUACAUAAUCAAUAACGAUGCUGCUGUGAAAAGAUUAGAGGAAUUUAAAAAAAAAACCAGAUAUAUUUUUUUGCAAGUACGAUAUACAUUUUUCUCGCUUAAUGUUUAACUUAUAAUUUUGUAGGGUUCAACAAUCAUUGUAUGACUUUGUGAUAAAACAUGUUUCUUUCAUACGAUUAUUGUAUGACUGUGUUAAAAAAUCUGAUUGGCUGCGAAGAGAAGUGAUCCCAUGGAAUCUCUAAUGGUGGUGUAUUUCGUUGUGUUUUACAUAAAAUUUCAAUCAUU